AUGGCUGCAGAUUCCGUCGGCACCGCGUCAUCGCCACCGCCGGUACCCCACCGCGACCCUUCACCUGACUUCUCACACGAGGCGUCCUCCUCAUCCUCCUCGUGCGCCGCGGCGGCACAGCCGGUGUCGUGUGAUGGCCGCGCCGAGGACGUGCUCGACAUUGGCUCUCCCUGGGUCGCGGCAGCCGAGGCUGACUCGAGGCUGGCGGAAGCCGCGGCUUCAUCGAGACUUAGCCUUCAGGCUGAGAGCGAGGCGGACGAAGACGAGACACGAAACAAUCAGGAGCGUCAAGAGGACGAGUUGAUGGCAUUAGAAGCAAUAUAUGGGGAUGACCUAGUCCAAUUUGGAAGCAGAGGAGGGCUCCGCUAUUUCCAGAUUUACAUACGUUACGAUCUGCCUGAUGGUGCUGAGGUGUGUGCUAAGCUUUCUUCAGCUAAUGAAAAUCCAAAUUAUGGAGGAUGUGAUGAUAGCGCUAGCGAAGAACACGGCAAACAAGAUGAAUUCUCUUACACUAGCCACUUUGAGUACUUGCCUCCUUUGAUACUGACAUGCUUACUUCCAAAAUCCUAUCCUAGCAAAGACCCACCAUAUUUUACAGUCGCCGCCAAAUGGAUAGAUGAACAUAAUGUUUCUCCACUCUGUGAGAUGCUUGACACCAUCUGGGCAGAGCUGCCGGGGCAGGAAGUGGUUUAUCAAUGGGUUGAGUGGAUACGGAAUGCUUCAUUAUCACAUAUCUGGCUUGAUGGCAAAAUAAUGUUAGGCCAAGACAUUCCAACGCACAAAGGAGAUAUGCGGGCAAUCUCAAGAGCUGUCUCAUUGGACACUGUGAUCCCUUCAAUGCUCAGUUACAAUAGUAAGAAGCAUUACCAAGCUUUUCUUGAGGAUCUUCAUAUGUGCAUGAUAUGCAUUAACCAGAGCAAAGGUUCAAACUUCAUCAAGCUCCCAUGCCAACACUUGUUCUGCGUGAAAUGCAUGGAGACCUUAUGCAAGAUGCAUGUGAAGGAAGGUAGUUUGUUUCAGUUGGUAUGCCCGGACACCAAGUGUAAUGCUUCCAUCCCACACUAUGUAUUAAAGAGGCUUCUUAGCAAAGAAGAAUUUGAACGUUGGGAUAGGCUUGCUCUUGAGAAAGCGUUGGACUCAAUGGCAGACGUGGUUUACUGUCCAAACUGUGCCAUAGGCUGCAUGGAAGAUGAGGAUAACAACGCACAAUGUCCGAAAUGUUCAUUUACCUUCUGCGGUUCUUGCAAGGAAGUAUGGCAUCCAGGGAAGCAGUGUCUAACUCCAGAACAAAAGCUGCAGCGCCGGAAGGCGUCAGGCAAGUUGAAUGACAGGGAGAUGUCACAGGAAAUGCUGAACAUCAGAGAACUGUACAAAGAUGUUCGGGUAUGUCCAAAUUGUCGAAUGGCCAUCAACAAAAGCGCAGGCUGCAACAAAGUGAUGUGCACUAGUUGUGGUCAGCUAUUUUGCUUUCGUUGCUGCAAGACAAUCAAUGGUUAUGAUCACUUCAAGAACUGUCGGCUCUUCGAGGCUGCAGAUAUGACCGACUGGGACAAGAAAAUGAUUGAACUACAGAAUGGAAUUCAGAUGCGAGCUCAAAAGCAACCAUUGGGCGGCACCAUAAGAUGCCCCAAAUGUCGCGAAAAAAAUUUCAAGGAUGAUGAGAAAUAUGUCUUCUGUUGGGCGUGCCGAACCAGCUAG